UUUUCCUCUCUCCUUUUUCUGUGCGCAGCGCCCCGUGUGGUGACCGCUCCCGAAAACACCCGCAACCGGACGGGAGGCCGGGCCGCCAUGACGUGUGAGGUGACUGGCUUCCCGGUGCCCACCGUCGAGUGGCGCGUCGACCACGGAGACGGACCACUCAAGGCACUGCCCACGGACAGCUCUCGCAUCAGCGUGCAGAGCCGCGGCGGACCGGACAGCUUCGAGGUGACCAGCUGGCUGCAGCUGCUCGAUCUGCGCCCCGAGGACACGGCCACCUACUGGUGCGUGGGGGCCAACGAGAACGGAGAGGCGUCGGCCGCCGCCAAGCUCAACGUGCUGCCGUAGAGGGGCUCUUUUUGUUGUUGACUCAGCUUUUUUGUUACGUAUACACACGAUUGCACACUCGCGCCUCGUCCACUUCGUUCGUGUCUUUUUUUAAUUUGUUUUUGUUUCGUCUACGUAAAAGUGCCGCGUGUCUCGUUUCUCGAGGAUAUACUGUUCUGACACGGUUCACUGUCACAAAUGCUUUCGGUGUCGUAAUGUGACUGUAUAGACUGUACUUGAGAGACCAAAGCCGCUCAUUCUUAAUCUUCUUCACGCGUUGUAGCAUGACGUCGCGUGUCACCAUUCAAACAAACACACACACAAAAAGGAAGAAAAAAAAAGAUACACAUUGCCACACAUCGCAGACAGGAGAGACGACGAUGAACAGCGAGAUUGUCGCAGUGGUUACAUGAGACCGUUAUAAACAGACUACUGUCGAGAAAUUACGUACAAUUUACGAAACGCCGAUACUCAAGUAAAAAAAAAAGAACUAGUGCUGAAGUACAGGGUGUACCAAGAGAUAAAAACUUGCCGCGCUAACGCGCUCGUAUAGUAAGCUGUGCAGCUUCCAACUUACGGCCGGUAUUAAUAGGGACCUUCUGGCGGAAACCGUCAAAAAUGGAGAUCGAAGAGAAACAGAGUAUGCUGACCACAUUUUCUCACGACCUGUUACGACUGGCUCCUGCCAUUUCAACGAGGAUCCAUUCUCUACUGCAUUUGUACAAUGCCAGCGCCAGUGACGACACGCAUGGGCGCACCAGCCGAGAUUCUAGUCGCGUGUCAGUUCAUUACUCACUGCCACCGUGCUUCGCCGUAUGCUUGCAGGAUGUAGAGGGCGACACGUACUUUUUUGUGCGCACAGACAGAGCCGUGCAUUUAUGCGAGCAACAAGCACUUUCUUUUUUAUGGUGCUGCAAGUCCUGCCAGUCUGUUAUUUUCUCUUUCGACCGUUGGCACUUAAUCGUGUUCUGAAAUAUACGAGCCGUAAUGCCUUUUUUUUUCCUUGUUGUGGAAAUCGGCAUUCACUUGCGCGGUCUACUUUGGCUUUUUUUUAGAGAAAGAUAUAUUGCAAUAAAGAACUUUACAAAAGUUG